AUGGAAAAAUUUUUAAGUGGGCGUAAACAGGUAUUACACGAUUGUGAAGCAUCAACAAGUGCAUUGACGAGGGUGGUUCCAAAAAGCAAAUCGAGAAAAUAUUCUCAAGAAUACAUAAAAUUUGGAUUUACUAGUACGGAAGUAAAUGAAGAAGAAAGGCCUCUGUGUGUCAUUUGCUCAAAAAUUUUGGCAGCAGACAGCAUGAAGCCUAAUAAACUUAAACGCCAUUUGGAAACGCUUCAUAGCGAAUAUGUUAACAAACCUCGACAAUUUUUCGAAUUAAAAUUGAAAUCAUUUGAAAAACAAAAAACAUUUUUUAAAAAAUCGUUGUCUGUACAUGAAAAAGCUUUACUUGCGUCGUACAAAGUUUCAUAUAGAAUAGCCAGAUGUAAGAAGCCGCAUACCAUUGGCGAAGAACUUAUUCUACCAGCUGCAAUUGAAAUUGUAGAAACUAUGUUAGGAGAUAAUUUUACCAAACAAUUACAGUCUAUACCUCUAUCAAAUGACACUGUUGGACGUCGAAUUAGCGAUAUAGCUAACGAUGUACAGCAUCAACUUUUUGAGAAAUUGCAUGAUAAAUUGUUUUCAAUUCAGCUUGAUGAGGCAACAGAUAGCAAUAAAGAUGCUCAUUUAAUUGCCUAUGUUCGAUUUUGUGCUGGUACGUCAGCAGUAGAAGAACUGCUUUUCUGCAAACCAAUAGAACUCAAAGCAACAGCACUUGCAUUAUUUGCUAUUUUAAAUGAUUUUGUAAACGAAGGAAACAUAGAAUGGAAAAACUGCGUCGGAAUAUGCACCGAUGGUGCUCGUGCAAUGUCUGGAAGAUUCCAAAGUAUGCAAACACUUGUGAAACAAAAAUCUCCACAAUGUGUAUGGACGCAUUGCAUGAUCCAUAGAGAAGCUUUGGCUUCCAAGGAAAUGAGUCCUGGUUUGAAUAUUGUGCUAACGACGGUUGUAACAGCAGUAAAUUAUAUAAAAAUGAGACCUUUAAAAUCCAGAAUAUUUUCUGAACUUUGCAAAGACAUGGGUGCAGUACAUUCAUCGUUAUUAUUUUAUUGCAAGACGAGAUGGUUAUCACGGGGAAGAUUUUUGCAACGUGUUUAUGAAUUAAGAGAAGAAAUCGCCAUUUAUUUAGAAGAGGAACACCGACCGGAAGCCGAGAAGUUUCGAGAUUAUUUAUUUGUUAUGAAAUCGAGCUACUUGGUCGAUAUUUUCGAGAAAUUAAACAUUUUGAAUCUUUAA